AUGGAGGAUUAUGAUCCAUCAAUUGCUCCGUUUGUUCCAGGUAAGUCCCUGGUACCUUAAUCACUGGACUCCACUUACGGUAAUAUAGUGAGAAGGUUGUCCUUUUGUACCAGUCUUAGAGAUAUUCCCUGCUAUUUCUAGGAUACAUUUUUUUUCUCGUUUCGACGAAAGAGAAAUCGCCAUGAGACAUGCUUACCUGUUCACCUGAUAGAAACCUCAAGUCAAACUCUAUUUGGCUCCAACAGUACUGUUUUCGUAAUUUACUCCUCGCUUGGCUUAAUAAUAUUCAACUAACUUUACUUAUCGUGCAAAAUUUAGUGCUAUUGUGGAGUAAAAUUCUUAAGCAGUUACCAUGAUAGGACCAGUGGUGCUUGGAGUUUUGGGGACAGUUUCCUCUUUAAACCAAAAGCGCUCUACUGGCGUAACAUAUUGUUUUGUCUAAUUCACAAAAACUUCUGCGCUUGAACAGGAGAUUAGGUUUCACAGCUGUAUUCAACGCUGUCAAUGACUCCAGUUCUUUUCUAUCUUGCGACCGCAUCAAUCAAGAGACUACCGAGAUAAAGACUACCAAGAUAGAUACUUCCUACCCAGGUCUCGUUUUCGGUUAACUAGGGAUGAGCCGCUCUUUCCAAGUGGAGACCGCUGAGUCCGUUCAUUUGUUUCAGGUAAGCCAGUGCAGGUGGCACUCACAUUUGAAAUCCUGGCUUUUGGCGAGAUGAAGGAAGCAAAAAUGGUAAGUUGAUCGUUCAUAACAAAUACAUUUCUAAUAACGGUAAAUUAAUAACGGAAUCGAAAUUCCUGAAGCAUGGAUGCCUAUCAUCAAAAUGUAUAACAGCCGACCGGUAACAGAGCGGACCUAUGAGGGAACAGCAUCUCAUGGUCAGAAUAAUAAAGGAUCGAAAUGCACCAAUGACAGCUCACCGUAAUACACCAAUUACAACAAACCAAGGUGCGAUAAAUAGCGACACUUAGACUUUCGACCUCGUCGCCUCACGAAGACUAGCAGUAUUGACUAGCGGGACUCUUAAAAACGAUAAAUGUAUAUUUACAUCUAACCUUUAUUAAAUAUUCCUUAUUUUGAUCCCUGAUGUAACUCCAAAAUAUUUUUUCCUUUUUUUUAAAUAUUUAGAUGUAUAAGCAAAAUUAUGAAGAAUGAUGAACGCAGGGAUGUAUUUUAUCUAUAAGUAAUAAAGAGGCUAAAAACAAUAUAGGGCUUCAACAGGGCUUGAAACCUCUGUGAACUCGCAGUUCUUUGAAAGUCAUAUUUUUUCUUCCACAGGAAUACAGCUUAGAUUUAUAUUUCCUUCAAGUUUGGUCAGAUAUCAGACUUGCUCAAGGUCAAGAUAGGAAUUUCGCAUUCAGUGGAAAUGACAUUAAAAAGAUCUGGACACCAGACACCUACUUUAUGAAUGCCAAGAAAACAGAUAUUAAAAAUGUAAGGUUUUACGUUCAUGUUUCUUGAAGAACUUUUCCUAUGCAGCAAAACCACGGGCUUUUCUCUUUUAUCCUUAAAAGUAAUAGUUGUCUCCUCCAAAAACAUUUUAUUUGGUAAGUAAGCAGAUGAAGCAGUUUUUAAAACUCGCCGAUUCUUCCGUGACUAUUAAAAAAGAAUCCUUAACCUUCAAAAAAUUUAGACAUUUUGCUUAUUUUCAUAAAGGUUAUGAAAGACAAUCAAAUGGUGUAUAUCCUGCCUGACGGAGUGGUGGUACAGAUGUCCAGGUAAAUUAGCAAUUGUUCAUAUCAUACAUGCUUUUUUACUUACUUUUGUUGAAAAAAACUUGUUAUCAGUCCCCACAAAAGCGAUAACAAACUUGAGACGUAUGUUGAAUGCGCCUCUGUCAAAGCCUUGGUGACUGGGAACUAGACUAAUUUUGUAUUUGAAGAUAACAGUGCAGGACAUGAACAAUAUUUGCUUCAAGUUGUCACAAAACAACAAUAACAACAACGAACAACAACAUUUUCAAUUCUAUAUCGGUUGUUAAUUGGUCCACGUUUCGCAUCUGGGAAAUUACACUCAGAUAAAUUUACUGUUUUUUAUUUUGAUAUUUUAUUAGGAUCACAUUAGACGUGGCUUGUCACAUGCAGCUGCAGAUGUAUCCAUUUGACAGACAGAAAUGUGAACUCAUUAUCGAGAGUUGUGAGUAUUCAACUUUUCACUUCUCCAACCUCCAAUUUCUCCCGCUGGUCAACAAAAACUUUAUUUGUACCCAACAGUUACCAAUAAACUACAGCAGUUUUAAAUUAUGUAGUGGGUACAGGCUGCCCUUAAAAACCUUUAAGGGCUAGAAAGAUAGAACAGCCACACUAAGGAGAUUAAUUGAUGGAUACGAGGGCCAGACCACUCAUGCAAACACACCUACACAAAAAGCAGAAAAAAAAAAACAAAUAAACAAAAGCAGGAAGAUGAACAGCAAAGGAGAACUAAGGACGCCAGUAUUAGGUAGUGGAAAGCCAAAAAAGUAAAGUCUUAGUUCAAGACAGGAAGCUUUCAACGAAGGUGACUUUGGAAGAAAACAGAACGACCUAGACGGUUUGGUCGGUCAUCGCCUGCUCUUAGGUGAAACUUUUACACUCAGUUAGUCAGGACAUCUCGCUGUCUACCGCUCUGCUUUGUUUUCUACCACUCAUUAGUUCCAAACUCGUUUGUUAUUUAGUUUCAAUGACAGAAUCAAAGUUAAACUACACUUGGGGCAACUUAGCAGUGGAAAAAUGCGUCGUGGGUGUUUAUGAUGACGCCAUGGCUCAGUAUGAGUACAAAGGAGUGAAACUCAGUUAUAAACACGAGAAGAUUUCCUCUGGUAUGUACGUUAGAAAACGACCAUUGUAAUGCAUUUUUGCGAUAUUACAACUGAAUUGGCGAUUGAAAAACCCUCUGCCAUUAAAUUAACUUCAUAAUCAGUAAUAACUUUCACGCAAUCUUUCAAAAAGGGAAACCGAAAGGUUUCAGGCUGACCAAGAGGAAAUAAUGUUUCAGCUUGCAGAUUUCAAGGAAGCUCUGGUGUUUGUGACCUGUAAAACGAUCGGGAACAGCUACAAUCAUCUGCAUUCGAAAUGAGGAGAAAUGUCAUGUCGUGUCAAAAUGAUAUUCAUUAAGUAGGAUUAUUUCUUAAAUUCAUACGUCUUAAGCCGGGGGAUACUCUUACUUUCCAACAGCCGCUUUCUCCAACUUGUACGCUACCUUUGUAUUCGACCGCCUUACGUCAUAUACAGUUCUCCAAGUGUACGUUCCCAGCUACAUGAUUGUUCUUUUAUCAUUCAUGGCUUUGUGGAUUCCUAAAGAUGCCGUGCCUGCCCGUGUGGGACUGGGGAUAACAACUGUGCUUACUAUUGUGUACUUUUUAGGUAAGAGAAUAAGUGCGCGCGGUACUUUAAAAAAAAAAAAAAAACGCACAAUCAAUUGAUCCUAGUCAGAGAAGUAAGCCAUUUUACCCGGAGUCUAGGAGAUAAAUUUUUGUCUAUGACUUCAUUAAUGACUGACGUUUACAACUGAGAGAAAUUCUGAUUUUGCUCACUAUCUCUCUAAUUAUUUUAUCCAUUCAACGUACACUAAAAAAGAAAAAAAAAAGGUAAACAAAAUGAUAUUCCCAGAAAACGCAAAUAUGCUCACUAAAGUGUUCAAAUAACUUAAAGAAGAAAGUAGAGCAAUUUUUUUUGUUCGCUGUUUACCGCCAUGGUUUAAUGCAUAGAGCUAAUGUCAAACUUUUCUCCCUAUUUCGCCGAUGUAUAAUAUGAGAAAGAAAUUGCAUUGAUUACUUAAAUUGAUAGAAACGUAACUUCUUUGCCAACAAUAUUAAAAGUAAGUUUCAGCUGCUAUUGUGUUCUUUCGUAGGAACUGUCAAUAGCUCGAUGCCUCGCGUGUCUUACAUGAAGGCCAUCGACUGCCACCUUUUUGUAUCGUUUGGUUUUGUGUUUGCCACCAUGUUGGAAUAUAUUGUUGUGCUAAACACCUCCGACAGAAAGAAGAGGAGGAUGUCUACUCACGAGGACUUUGAAGUUGGUUUGAAUUUAUGCUAAAGUUGUACACUGAAAUGAUACAUCAAGGCUCUUAAGCGGGUCAUAUGAGAAGAAUCUUAUCAUAGUAUUAAGUUCCGAUUAGUUUGAAAAUUUAAAUUGUAAUACCGCUUGAAGGGAAAAGAAAAAUUCUACUAUUGGUGUUUGAUAAAAAAAGGAACAAGAAGAAAAGAACAACAGAGUUACUGCUUACCUUUCUCUGAAAAAGCUGGUGAUCGAAAGCCCCAUUGUGUAUCUCAUUAUUACCAUGCCUUUAAACAGUGAUAUUUGGUACGCUUCCCUGUGUUAUCGUGAAUAGUCUUACAUCCACUGUUUUUUUUUGUAGUUAGAGAGUGAAGAAUCUGAGCAUAAUCUAAUCCAAACACACUGUGAUACUUUACAGCUUGGACCACUCAACAAUCGCACGUCGGACGAUUCACCACAAAACAAACGAUACGAUGCAGGUGUACCGGAUGCUUGUUACCAAGUGUUCUCCUGCAAAAGGAAAAGAAUGAAAGCCAGUCUGUCCGUGAACGCGGUGGACAGAUACGCACGGAUCCUGAUGCCAUCUGUCUAUGGAGUCUUUGUUCUCAUUUACUGGUUGAUAUGUGCAUUGCUGUCUCCUCAAAAAGAAUCAUUGGAUCUCUGUUAG